AUGCAAUGUGAAUACUACAUAAUGGAACUUCGGACUAUUGGCAUUCUCUAUGGAAGCUGCAGAUUUACAAGACUCGAGAUUUUGAAACAUCUAAAUAUCAGAUACUCAAAAGGACUGCAACUUAUGAGUGAUAAGCUUGCUCGAUCUACAGGAUUCAAUGAUGUAGUUGGGUACAUAUUUAGGAAGAAUUCGAGAGUGGAAAAAAGAUAG